AUGCUUCGGUUGACAUUGUCUAAGCCGAGAUAUGCUAUUCAAGAUUUGGCGGCGAGGACUCUAGGUGGUGAAAAGCUGAUGCUCAAAGUAAACGAAUGUUUUUUGGAGGAAUUGAGACCUAACUAUUAUACGCUAAGCGAUGUUUGGUUAUCAGAGGCUAUCUCUCCCAAAAGUGAAGGGCUCGGGAUUGCUAGAAGAUCCAGACUGCAACAGAAUCCAAUGAACACAAAAAUAUUACUUUCUGUCGAGCGUAUUGUCAAAACACUGAGGCGGCUGAGGGUCAUGAAUGAUAAAACCCCGUUUUUUGCUCUAUUGAACCGCUUGGGGUCUAGCGACAUAGAAUGGGACUCACCUUCAUAUCAUUUUGCGGAUUCACGAACUCCCCUCGAACUUUACAAUGAAAUUGCAUACAUGUUACAUGACGUUGCCAGACAGACCAGUUCCGUUUCAGACCGCAUGAUUUUGUCGAAGUUCACUCUUUCGCAGCUAGAUGCCUAUUUGCAAACAACGAAGAGCAGAGAAUUGCAACCCGAUAGGAUUUUCCUAAAAAAUUGCAUCGAUUUGAUUAUUCAGUCUGGCUCGCAUUAUUAUGUCCGAUCAGCCCUCAAGCUAGUUUCAGAUGAAGAGCUAGAGAAUUAUGGAAUGCUAGCAUUUUAUCUUCAAACCAAUCAAGUAUUUCACUUAGAGGCGCAUUUACAGAGAAGAAUUUACUCGGCCAAAUUCAUUGAUCCCAAGAUCUUCAGUGACCUUCUUUACAAAUGUGCCUGCGAGUUCAUAAAAUAUAGCGCAGAAGAGCAGGCCUGUGAUGUUCUGCAGUUCGGAAUAGAUCACCAGUGUGGAAGAGUCUGGCGCAACUUGAAUCGGGUCAGAGUUAUGGCUAAGAAAUAUGGAAUGUUCAAACUGACGCUAGUGCUCAAUAAAGCGAGAAACUCAUUCACAUUCCCAGUUUCCUGGAAAGCUUUUCAAGAAGAUUUGAAUUUAAAAGACUACAUUUCUUUGCUCGAAAAAAGCCACUUCGAUUUUUACAAGAACUUCUACGCAUUCGAUUUUCUGCUUAAUAAACUCAGUGACAGAAAUAUGUCAGUUUCUGAAUGGCGCAAAUAUAUUGACCAAACACAACCUUCCGAUGCCUGCCGAAAUUCCCUAAAAGAAUUUCAUUUAUUACUCAUUUUAAAUCAUGUUGCGUCCUCUAAGGGAUUGGGGUUUUUGUCUUUGUUGUUGCACUCCCUUAUGUGUAGGAGUGGAUACGCUAAUAUCUUCAUCAACACUUUGAAAUUGAACUCAGGAGAAAGUAGAAGUGGCUUCCGAGCCAUUUUGCAUUGCCUGUCCAAGUCCACGUCGUCCACAAUCUCUGGUUACGAAAGUUUUCGGUUUUUCACUGAAACGUACCCGAAACUGAGCAAAGAAAAAGGACUUCCCCUCUUCGAUUUGAACCAGAAAGAUUAUUGUCUUUUCAUGCGCACAUGCUUAUCUGGAACUAAUUACAGGCUUUUUUAUUUCUACUUUUUCCAUUACUUGAUGAAGUUCCAGAAAGAUAUUUUGAAAGUUGACGAGGUAUCUAAAAAGUGGGUUUGGGCAUUUCACCCCGAUUUAAACGGGAUAAUCCAUGAAAGAUUGGCAGUUGAUUUGAAAGAACCCAAUAUUAUCCCCUUCUCUCCAAGAUCCUGGAAAAUCUGA